ACGCACUGUACCAUUCCUCGUUGACGAUGCAAGUCUUGAUUAUUUAUUAAUUUUGCUUUGUGCUUUCGUUGAAGCUAUUCGCAACUCUACGAUAUGGUAUCGGAACGACGCAGGAAUAACUUAGAGUACUACGCUGUAGUUACUGGACGUCUUGAUGAGCCUGCAAUCUUUUCUUCAUGGGGAGAUGCACAUCCGCGAGUGACAGGAUGUAAGGCUGAAUUCAAAGGCUUUGUUUCGAUUCAAGAAGCACGCGACUAUAUGGAACGAAAAGGCUUCGCGGGAUGGAAGGAGAUUAUCAAAGAUACAGCGCUGGAGACUACCCCAGCAAGAAAUAGCAUGGCCUAUUAUGCGGUUGCACAUGGAGCGAAUCCUGGUAUUCGCGAUUUUUGGUAUGGACCGGAGGGAGCCUCGCAAGCUGUCCAUGAAAUCUCUGGAGCUUGCCACAAGCAUUUCAGAACAAAGGAGCAAGCUGAAGCGUUCAUAGAGGACUGGAAAGAAACGUAUGCAGAGGUUUGGCGUAGAGCGGUGAAAGAAGCGUUGGAUAACGGGCUCAGACCCCUGGGCAUGAAGCUGGACACGAAAGAGAUACUGCGCGGAGCAAAUCAGGACCCAGCUAUUAACGGAAUUUCCCAGCGAUUUGAUAGCGUGAUGAGCUUCACGUAGAUUAUAGAGACUAUCGAUACCUUAAGUUAAUUGACUUGGCCAUUUGCACGCUGUAUUUGACAGUCAUUGCGAUAAGCCAGCCUACAUGGGAUGGGCAACAGAUCCUUUGCCAUCCAGCGAGAUAUCUCAAAUUCCAAUCAAAAUAGCC